UUUGAAUGUGACUUUGAUUCGUGAUAAACAUCCCAAAAUGCCUACACGACAUGGUAACCUCAUUACCGAGCUGGAAGAGCCGGGUUAUUGCUACCUGCAUUGGUUUCAUCAAGUACAACUUCAGUCACAGUUUCAACCCGAGAAUUGGCGAAACGAGGUCACUACAAAACUUGGGAAGUACCCGACGAUAACCGAUGCUCUAGAUGUUUUAUUCGCAUACUCGGAUAAAGUAACUUACAUGAUUUCAAUCCCGAGGAAGGUGCAACAUAUCCGUCCUGUUUAUCACAUUGAUUUAACCGCAGAGAAGAUUACACUAAACCAUGCUAUUAAAAUCUUCAGCGGUGACAUGACUCCUAUUGGGGGUACCGAACCACCUGUAUAUAUCAAUACGGUUAAUAAUCAACGUUCUCUUAAAAUUAUUCGAAAGAAUUAUUUGCAUGCAACUUUAUGUAAUAUAAAAGUCCUAUUUUUGCAAUAUAAAGCUAGUAAAUAUUAUUGAUAACGCUAAUAGGUAAAAGUAACUUAAAAGUAUAAAAGUGAUCGGUGUAACUUGUUCUUGCAAAGAAAGGACAAGGGUUAGGUUAAUAUUCUGAUGUUGUAACAAAACCAUUCAUGAUUUAUUAUUUUCUAAAAACUUAUUUACAUACCCUUUAUUCUUUACAAUUGAAUGUCAAUUUUUAUCUAGAAACAUUGUAUAUUUCUGCAUCAUUUGUUGUCUAAUGCUUGAAAUUGUACUACUGUUACAUUUUCUACAUAAUAUAUGCAAAGUUGGCUGUG